CUAAGCAAUCGUUCAAAACUCUUCAGGCACUUGCGACCUGUGAUCAUCAGUGAUCUAACCUGUAACUAAUAAACCUACUUAUACGUUCAUUACAAUCGAAUUAACUGCUUCUGAUUCUUAGAAAUAUAUUAUUUUAGUAUUUUUUUUUUAAGUAACUAAUUUUUCAACUUAUUUUCAACAAACGGUGUCCAAUAAAACCACGUGAUAUUAUGCUCUUCGACGAAUCCAGUAAACCCAGACGUCAACAUUUUACCAAUCAUAUAAAGCAGUUCCAGAGCCUGACAAACUUACCAUGUGGUCUGGAGUCCAACAACAAUAUAAACACCGCGGGGGUGAGCAUGGACGAAGAGGAUGGUAGUGCGGACGAUGACGAGCACAUACGAACCAACCGGUCCAACCACGAUGAUGACUACGACGAUAACAAUUUCGUUUCAACGUCGUUUGCUGGACCGUCCGAGGCGACAGCCGGUAAAGCUCUCAUCAAUGGCAUUCGAAAUGGCGGCGCUGGGGGCGGCGGAAGCGGAAGCGGCAUCGAAAAGUUCCGCAUCGAUUAUCCGAAAAAAUUUCAUAACGCCCGCAGCAUGUCACUGUCCAUGGAACGGAACGCUUACUGCGAACUGUGCCGUUUUUCGCGCAGCCCCGUGCCGUUUGACCUUGGUGGUGGCGGUGGAGGCAGCGGCGGAAGCGGUGAACUGGACGACCGCGACAAAGGCGCUCGCCGGUACUUUGGGUUUACCAUCAAACAGUACAUGGCGCUCGGUUCCCUUGCGCUGGUCGACUUUCUUGGGUUUUGCUCCAUGUCCGUCAUGGCACCGACCUUUCCGAAAGAGGCUGAAAAGAAAGAUAUGACAGUUUCUGAAGCAGGUCUUGUUUUUAGUUUUUUUGCUUUGAUAAUGUUUUUACUCUCUCCAGCAAUGGGAUCGAUAAUGCCCAUAUUCGGUACAAAAUGUUUGUUUAUAUCGGGAGUGUUUAUAUCCGGAGUAUGCAAUAUGCUGUUUGGAUUGUUACCAAUGAUACAAGAUAACUUCCAAUUUAAAGUACUAUGCUUUAUAGUACGAGGACUGGAAGCAAUCGGUGCCAGUGCAUUUUCUACAUCAAGUUUUGUUUAUGUCAUUCAACUAUUUCCGGAAAACGUCAGUAGCGUUUUAGGUAUACUAGAAACAUUUGUCGGUUUGGGUAUGAGUGUCGGACCUGCAAUAGGAGGCUUGUUAUCCUCGGUCGGAGGUUAUGCAAUGCCGUUUUUCGUUGUGGGACUCUUAAUGGUGGCUACGGUACCACUGCACAUUUAUCUCAUGCCUCCAAUUAGAGAUGAUGUAAAAGCAUCGCAAGCUGUUGGCAGCCGAUCCAAAGGUAUAAUUAAAUUACUCAUAAUCCCGUCAGCUUUUGUUGUCGGCGCUGUCAUUACAGUCACAUCCAACUUUUGGGCGUCACUCGAUCCAACGCUCGAACCACACUUAAGAGAGAUGGGCUUAUCAACUGACGAAGUGGGACUUGUAUUUCUGUUUUGUUCAAUAUUGUACGGAGUAUCAAGUCCAUUUUGGGGUUAUAUUGCUGACAAGUACAAUAACCAUUGGUCAAUGAUGGCUGUUGGAUUGUUUUCAUCAGCUAUCGGGCUAUUCAUCUUAGCUCCUCUUCCAUGGUUGCCAGUGAAUAAAGAUGUCUUAUGGCUGAACCUCGUUGGACUUGGGAUUUUGGGCGUGUCUGCGUCAUUAACGAUGAUGCCAGCAUUUAACUUCAUCUUAUCAAGUGCAAUAGAAAAUGGAUUUCAAGAAAGCGUUUCUACAUUUGGAACUGUCGCCGGGUUUUGGUCGUCGGCCUAUUCACUUGGUGAUAUGACUGGUCCAUCGUUGGGAGGCGUUCUUUUACAACAUUUCGGGUUUUCUAUAUGUAUGACUACAAUGGGUCUGUUUUGUUUACUAGUGGGUAUAAUUACGAUUGGGUUUUUUGGUCUUGUAAAAAAAAAAAAAAAACGUCCACGAGUAAUGUCGGACAAAAGUCCGCUAAACGAUCCAAAAAUUGUUCAUGCUCGAUAUAAUUCACUGAACGACGAUCGUGGUGGAUCAAUGUUAAUUUCAAAUUUUUCAUCUAAAACCGAAACCACUGAAGUGUAAAUUAAAUCUGUACACCAUUCUACCUGUGUCGAAAGUUCCAUUUUGUAUCUGUUCAUCGUUUUCGGCAAAAGGAGGAUUCAUUAAUAAUAGCUUAUUUUUAGAAACUAUCCUUAUUAUUUUGAUUAGUAAAUAACUAUAGUUGAUAAAUUAUUAUACUUAAAAAAUAAUUAUACUUGACUUUUAAAUUUUUUCGAAAAAUACAUUUAUUUUAAUUUAAUUUUAAACAGUACAAUACGGGCAUGUGCCCAAUUUACAAUUGAUACAUAUAUAUUUCAUAGUAUGUACAAUUAUGGAUUUAGUAUUAAUUAUUUUAAACUAUAUAAUAUUGCUAAUUGUAUGUGAAUUAGAUACUUAAGUAUUUUUUUUAGUACACGUUUAUUUUAAUGCUAUACUAAAUAUUGUAUUUUAAAUUGACUGAUUUUAUGAAUCACAACAAAUAAAACAAUAUUUUGUUUGUAAAAAUAAAUAUAAAUACAUAAUAUUACUUUGUAAUGUAAUUAUGUAAUACUUAUUAUACAUAUUAUAUGAGAUUACUGAUUGUUAUAAUUUUAAUUAAUUUUAAUAUUAAGUACCUACGAAAUAAGUUAAAUUCAACAACAGCGUGAGAUAUAAAUACAUAAUAAGGUAUGAUUAAAGUGUAUAGAUUAAAAUUUGAUUGCCCUGCGUCGUAAUAAUACACCAGUAUUGCGUUAUCGAG